CAUUUGCGGGGCUCUCUCUCUCUCUCUCUCUCUCUCUCUCUCUUCUCGUCCUGCUCGUUUGUCAAUAUUCUCUCUCUGAAAAUCCUCUCUCCGCCCCUCCUCCGACGAUCAAUCGACUAUGCUGUAAAAUUCCUGAAUAGAUCCAUGCGCUCUCUUCCACUUUCAUUAAACUGGCUCCGUCCUCUCCCGUCUCCUCCUUUCCUUCUCCCCACUUGGAUCCAGGUAGCUCAUUGAAGAUAAAACCCUAAUUUUUGGAACUUCUAGAUUGCGCAAAACCCUAGCGUUCCUUCCCUCUGGUGCUGUUGUUGAGCUGAUAUAUCAGGAUUCCAGCAAUUCAGAUGGUAAUCGAUGAUAGACGCCUCGUUUCUGUUUACGCACUUUGAGCUCCUUCUCGAAGGCUGUUCUUGUUGGGGCAGUCAUAGGAUAGAUAGUCUAAGCAGGUUGAGCUGGAUCCGAAAAUGGAUUGACCAACUAAUCGCAGCUCCUGAAGUUUUGCAUAUCAGCUCUACGGUUCCUGCAUAUUCAAUCUGAUCAUACCCCUCCUGAUGAUCGGUUUAUAAAGUUUCGAUGCUUACGGAUCGAAUAAGAUUGUAGCUUAUCUGGUUAGGCGUUUAAGCCGCCCUCUAAGCCCUUGUCAGAUUCUGGGUUACGAAGCAAUUUUUAGGGGAGCAGGAUAUUGCUCUCUAUAAGGUGAAGAUUGUUCUACCUGCUUUGGGGUACCCUUUGGAUCCACUAGAAGAGUGCAGAUUGUUCCAUAAUGAGCUUAGAAAGCGAAGACAGAUAUAUGUCAGAUCGGCCGAAUGAAUCUACUUAUGAAAUCGAAAGGAAGUCAAAAAUAUCGUAUUCAAGGGAGUUUCUCUUGUCGAUGAGUGGUUUGGACAUAUGCAAGAAGUUACCAAGUGGAUUUGAUCAAUCAAUUCUGAGUGAAUUUGAAGAUGCUUCCCAAGAGAAACAUAGAAUUCCUGGUAGUUUGUCCUCACAUGGAUUUAGACGUAAUGAAUAUGGAUCUUCCCCACCCACCAGGGGGGAUUUGAGCAACUAUAACAAGGGUGUCCAUGGAAGGUGGGAUAGUCGUUCUUCUGGAAGGAGUGACAAAGACACAGACUCGCAAUCUGGAGAUUCAGAUUCUGGGAAACGUUAUAUGAACCCAUCUCGACGGGGUUGGCAAGCUCCAGAGCACGAUGGACUUCUUGGCAGUGGUUCUUUUCCCAGACCAUCAGGAUAUGCACCUGGGGCGUCAGCUCCGAAAUUUCGACCUAAUGAUAACUACCAACUGAAUAAGACGACAGAGCCAUAUCAACCUCCCCGCCCAUAUAAGGCAGUACCACACCCACGAAGGGAGACUAAUGACUCCUACAACGACGAAACAUUUGGUUCAUCUGAAUGCACGAGCGAGGAUAAAGCAGAAGAGGAAAGAAAGAGAAGAGCUUCAUUUGAGUUGAUGAGGAAAGAGCAGCAGAAAGCAUUCCAAGAGAGACAAAAAGUGAAUCCAGAAAGGCGGAGGGAUAUAUUUGAUAUCACAACACUACUUGAGGAUUCUGGGCAUGAGAAGAGAACUUUCCACAAGAAUGAUGAAGUUGAUGAGCACACUGAACCGCAGGAGUUCAGUAGUGAUCCUGCAAAAUCUUCUCUUUCCUCGCAAGCACCGGCACCCAGACCACUUGUGCCUCCAGGUUUUGCCGGAGCAAUGCAGGAAAGGAAGUCUAAUAUGGUUGAGGUCAAGAUGGUCUCUGAAGUCACUAUUUCAUGUGCCAGUGACAAGACUACAUCUAAUGGCCCCUCUGAUGAUCAGGAGGUGAAGCAAGUUUGUGAUAAAAUGGGCUUGACCAUGAAGCAGCAUGGAAGCAUAGAUAUCCAGAAGACAUUAAGUAGCGAGAGUGAUAGGAAUGUAUCAUCAGUUCUGGAUAUUUCCAUUCAGUCUCUUAAUGAAAAAGAUCUGUUUGGAAAUAAUCAUCUUUCAGAUGCUGUGGAGCCCUUAUCUACUAAGGAAACAAUAGAAGUUGAUUCUGAGAAGGCAGCUGGGAAUAAAAUUAUGGUUCAAUCCAGUGAUUCCUCUACAGUAUUGGAAAAACUUUUUGGCAGUGCCUUAGCAUUAGAUGUUUCUGGCUCCUCCUCUAUUCUCAAGCAACAACAUGGUCAAGGAGAAGACUCAUGGAGCCCUCGUACUGUGCAGUCUUCCAAAUUCGCUCGGUGGUUUCUUGAAGAAGAUAAAAAACCAUCAGUGCAUCCUGGUUCUGGUCAGCCAAAUGAAUUGCUUUCUUUAAUUGUUGGGGGUGAAAAGGGUGCAUCAUCAGUUCCUGAUGCACAAGCUCCUGAGCAACUGUGGCCAAAUAGUCUCUUCCAGGGCUCCCAACCUACUGAAGGGCAUAUUACCUCGAAUGCUACAACUGCUACCACCAAUAAAUCUGACGAGUUGUUCAUAGAGGGGCAACUAGAGGCAGCUCCAGUUCUUACAUGCGAAGACCUUGAGAAUUCCAUUCUAUCUGAAAUCAGUGAAAGUGGCACAAAGCAGCAGGAGCCUCUUCCGAGAUGGGGUAUGAGUGAUGCAGAGGUGAAUGAACCAAUCGGUGGCGUUGAUAAUCGUGCAUCCCUGCACCUUCUUUCUUUGCUUCAGAAGGGAACGGACCAUGGAGAUACUUUAUCAAUUCCCAAUGUAAAUGCCAAAUUUUCAGACUGUCUAGGUAGUGUUGAAUCAGAAACAGUUGGAAAUGAGCCAGACAACCCCAUGGAUCCAACUAAUGGAACUCUUCCCAAUUUAGGAAAGACAUUGACUCUGGAAACACUCUUUGGAACAGCUUUUAUGAAGGAGCUACAAUCGGUUGGAGCUCCAGUCUCUGCUCAAAGGGGUUCUGGUUCAGCUGGGUCUGCUAAGGCUGAAGCAGUGGAGCCUCAGGCUUUCCCCUUUACACAGAUGGAAGCGGACGUUUUCUCGAGUAGGAAUGGUUCUGAAACUGGUGCCCUGACUUUGAACCACAGACAGCCGUCGAACUUGGAGAAAUUGGACAAGCAGUUUGUAGUUUUGGAUGAUCUUCAAACCAAUGUGGAGAUACCACAGCUUCAAAAUGAAGUGAGGCUUCCUGAAGAGGAUAGCUUGAUAGCAGUUAAUGAUCCUUUAAAUCUUCGCGGAUUUAUGCCUGGGAGUGGUCCGCCUACCAAAACUGAAGUAUUGUCCUCUCAAACCACACCGGCACAUAUUGCUGAAAAGCUGGCAACUUUAAAUGGUAAUCUCAAGGAGAAGUUCGUCGGGGGUCAAGGUUCUUUACCGUUCCAUGUUCCGUUGAAUAAGAUGGAACCAGAUCCGUUUCAAAGCCUUCACUUGCAGCAGUCUUCUCCACAGCUUCGUCCUCAACAGUUCAAUCCGAUGGGCUCAAACUUCAACCUGUUGGAUUCUUAUCCUGGGCAUAGCGAUUCUCAAAUGAAGUUGAUGGCUCAGGAUUUUCCUGGAAGUAUGAUGCGCCCUCCAAUUCAACAUCCUGGCACUGGAUUUACCGGUUUUGAUAAUCCUCCUGGUCACCACCAUUCGCUGCUACAGCAGAUGCACAUGAGUGGUGGAUUACCUCCAGCUCACCAGUUUCAGGGAUAUCUGAGGGCCCCGCAGGGGCAGCACCCUCAUCCCAACCACCAAAUGCCUGCGUUUAAUCACGAGAUGAACCCAAUGCAAGGUUUGGCUUUUGGGGCCCAUAGGCAGCCAAGCUUUGGCGGACUUGACAUGGCACAUCCGGCUCCGGAUAUCAGGGGAGGGAAUGGUCAUCCUGAAACGUUGCAAAGGCUGAUCGAGAUGGAACUCCGCAACGCGAACGCGAAGCAGGUUCAUCCAGUGGCUGCUGCAGGUGCUGGAGGGCACAUCAGCCAGGGGAUUUAUGGGCCGGAGCUCGAUAUGGGUUUCCGAUACAGAUGAUGCCAUUUCCUGUAAUCGAGUUACAAGUACCUGUCUGUAGUGUUGACAGUGUGCACCUUCACCUUCUCCCCCACCUUCUCUCUCUCUCUCUCUCUCUCUCUCUCUCUCUCACUAAAAUCUUCAGCUCCUACGGGACGGGGUUUGAUGAGUAAUGCCUUAUUAUUUCCAAAAAAAAGAAUUUAGUGAGGGUCUUGUUUAUAGUUUCUGGUACUUUUCCUGCUUUGAUUCUCUCCAGUUAAUUAUUGCCCUCUCUUCUUGCAUGCA